AUGUUGUUGUGUACAGCAUUUGUGCUCCCCUGUUGUGUAAUGCGUUUCAUCUUCUCCUUUCCACCCAGCUGUCCAGCUUAUCCGAGUAACACUCCCAGCCAACACAUAUUUCUUCAUUCACCAAUAAUUUCUUCUACUUCGAGGUAUGAAUUUACUGUUUUGCCUGAAUGAUCUGACAAUUUUUACCUAGAUGACAAUAUCUCCGCUAACAAGCAAUCAAAAACAUCUUGAAAGUUACAACUGGACUAGUGAGAAUCGGAGUAGUCAGCAACGAACUAUUACUCCGUCCCUGCAAGGAGAAAUCCGACUCACCGCUAUUCCUGAUCCUGUAGAACGACAUGUAGCAAGGUGGAGAAGUGAAAGUCGUAAUUCCAACAAAGACAAAGUGUUUCGCAAUGACGAAGAGUUCAGCCAACGUCAGUAACUGUACCUUUGAUAUCAAUUUAUUUGUAUCAUACAACCAUUAUCAUUUAUAGAAGACGAGAUCGUCACUGGAACAAUAGUAGCUUUGAAGAAUGACGUAGAGCAAACAACGGAGCUGAUUCGUCGUAAACAAGAACAAAUUGUAAAUCAGGCUGAAUAAUGAUGAUUUGUUUGGUUUUCACUUCAGAAAAUGGAACGGCGUCAGUUUCAAACGGAAAUGGAAGUGAACGGAAGAAUAUCUGUUGACCCUGCUGAUGACUGGCUGGCGGCUAGGCUGAAAGCUGUCAGCUCUGAUGAUAUGAACCAUCAACUUACAAAACUUAAAGCUGAUCAAAGUAUGUAAAUGUUCAGAAUAUUAAAAAUCAAAGUAUUAAGGACAACAUGCUGUAACCGAUACUCUCGCCGCAUUGGUGUACGAUGUGAACGCCACUACCGAAGUUUUACGUCGAGGAUCCAAGGGACGGGAUGGAUUAGAAAAAAAUAAAAAGCAGAAAGAAGAAAUCGAAUACACUCUCCGUCUAACUCCUGCCCCCGAGGAGCCUAUACGAGUGAAGUCUCGUAAGUAAUGCCGCACUGAAAUUUUAUUGACGUUUGGUGUUCUAGCCGAGGAUGAUCAUGUAGAGGUGAAUGAUUAUUCGAGAGAGUAUGGCAUUCGACUGUCGGAAGAGACCGACAGUCUGAGACGCCGCCGUGCAAGAAGCACUACUCCCCGAAGAACUCUUCAUAUCUCUGGGUCCCCACCGCCACCUACUGUUGCCAUCUGUGCCUACUGCAGUGAAGAAAUCGAUGGACCCAUUCUGACGGCUUUGGCUCCAAAUUCUGAAAGAGCACAGAAGUUUCACACUUAUCAUUUCAUGUGCACAUACUGCCAGAAAGCUCUGAAUAUGCACGGAACUUUCCGAGAGCACGAUCGCAAGCCAUACUGCCAUGAUUGCUUCUACAAACUGUAUAAUGGACUGCAAUAUGCCCCAGACGAUCACCAAGCAACAAUUGAAAAACUGAUUUAA